GCUGCCCGUCCGCGGCUGUGUGAACUCUCUCUCUGCACAUUAAACAUGUAGAAAUAUGAGGAGGACUGCUUUUAAAAGGUGAAAGUCGCCGGUGUUAAACUCAAUCUAAUGGCGAGUCGUCAGGCCUGGCUGGAGUCUUCUCUGCAGCGCUCUGCUAGUCUGGGCCGAGAGGUGCUGGAGCGGGCCUCGAGGCGGACUAUAGACUGGACAAGCACCGGUUCAUCCCAGACCUCCACAAGCACGGAUGAAGACACACAAAUACCAGUCAAGAGAAGACAGAAAGGGCUCGAUAACGCCUUUGCAACCAUCACAGAGUUCAUGGCACAGACGACCUAUCAGUGCAAGAAGUUUUAUGAGUCCGGCUGUUGCAUUGAGCCCACUGACGCUGAGAGGAAACACGUGUCCAGGUUCCAUGCAAGACCAGCUGCUGGGAGGAUAAGAUCUGCACUGCCACGCAGGAAGAAUGGUCGCGUGUCGCCCGCAGGUGAAGAGUUCUACAUAGAGGUGUCACCUGGAACGUACGCCGUCACUGCAAGCAUGCCAGAGUCUCAGGAGCAGACCCAGCUGGUCAGCGUCAAGGCUGGAGAGAGCAUCGACCUCACCUUUGACCUCUGACCUCACUUUUAACCUAAAUAACAAAACCAAGCAUUGCUAAUGCUGCGAAUGUGUGUGUGUGUUUUAUUGCUUCUUUCAUACCAGUACCUGCAGUAAGAGUUUACAUUAUAUUUUUCUAUCAAAAUAUUUUAUUCGCUGCACAUUGAGACGCCAUAUUUUGCUGCAUUUUACCUUGAGUGUUUUUUUAUGUAGAUCGUGUGUUGAAAUUCUGCCCUAGAACAUCAUGUAUUGCACUUAAUAUUUUUGCCAGCACUAUUACCACAUCAGUGUAUUUAAAAUAAAUUGUUUUUUAAUUUAAA